AAUAUCCAAUCUCUUUUGCAUGUUUGGUGUUGUAAAGCAGUGGACAGAGAGGCGACGAUGAGUACUAUGAAGCCAAGCCGGAGCGACGAAGUAACCAAUCUGGAAGAGCAGAUCAAGAACUCAAACCAGAUCAGAGCUGAUUUCGAUUCUUUAGCCCCCAAACGACCAACUAAACCCACUCGGAGCGAACCUGGAGCUCCUGGAUCUUUCUCUACUUCUGACGAAACCACCGACCAUCCUGAAGCUGACAAAUUCCGAUCUCUCCAGUCACAAACUCAUGGUCAGGUUCUAGGUGAGGGAGAUUCAUCUGCAGUAGAUGAGUUCUUGGAAACAGAGUAUUACACAAAUCUUACCGCCAUUGAUAAGCAACAUCACACGACUGGAAGUGGGUUUAUCAAUGUGGUGAAGGAAGACGGUGGUGGAGAGACCGAGGCCGUCACCGCCGCCGCAAUAGGAGACGGAGGAGAAAAAGCAGUUUACAGAAGCAAUCCGGCGACGAACGAAUGGAUUCCUGCUGCCUCGGAGGAAGAUCUUGUGUCCGAAUCUUCGUUUAAACCUAACCGGAGCGAGAGUUCUUGAAUGGGAAGAUCUUUCAAAAUUGUGUUAUCCACUUGUUCCAGAUGUUCUGUUUCUUGAUAUUAUUAUGGUUAUUAAAAUAUUUAUUAAUAAAUAAUAUAUGUUUGUUUGUCUUCAA